AGUUUAUAUCACAAACCCUGUUGCCUUUAUAACAUUUAUUGACAGCAGCAGGGAAGGGAAAUAUGACUGACAAGAAUCUUAUCAUCGCACGUGGGACUCCACUGAAUUUGAAGUCGGUGAUGUCAUUCCAGGCAUGGAUGAGACGCGUGAGAGGAGACUGUCGGAAAAGACUUUGGGGGAGAUCCCUCAAACUUAAAAUCAAUGACUGCGGCUUAAAUGAAACUUGACGCUGGUCUGAACACUUCUGACAGCCGGGCACUCAAACAUUCCAUUUAUAUUCUGUGUUUGCGAGAUCUGUCAUCUUUCUAAAAGCUGACAAUGAACCUACAAAGUUGAAUUCCAAAAUGGUUGCAGAGGUUGUUGUUGCACUGUUGGCUGUUGUCAUGUCCCCCCAGUGCCUGUAGUUGUGCUGUAAGAAGCCUCGCAUCCGAUGACUAAACCAACACCCCUUUCUCCUUGUGUACGGCUAGUUUUAUUUCAAUAAUCGUCAAAGAUGUGCCAGUAGGAUUCGUAUAAAAUUAUAUCCACGCGUUAAAAAACUAAAUCUGCUAGCGUAAUGCGUUAAGGUAGAGGCGGAAAAUCCCCGUUGAAAGUAAUAGCCGUCGACCGUAUGAAAAGAUUAGCGUAGCUUGUUUAGCACAGGCCGCAGCGACCGGGGACUGAGCGGCUGCCGGGAAGCAACGGACUCAAGCAAAGGCGGAAGCCCGCUUAUCACGCACUGCAAGGCGGGGGCCUCGUUACUCGACUCGGGGGAUUCAGGAGGUUUCACAGGCCAACGCUGAUGUUCCGGAGAGUUCCAGCCCUGGGAUGUAUGAAGGCAAACACAUCCACUACUCGGAGGUGGACCGCAAGCCUCUGUGUUCAUAUAGUCCAAAGCUUUGCAAGCAACGGCGACUCAACGGUUAUGCUUUCUGCAUCCGUCAUGUGCUUGAGGACCAAACCGCUCCUUUCAGGCAGUGCGAAUAUGUAGCCAAGUACAAUAGCCAGCGCUGCACCAAUCCCAUACCCAAGGCUCAUGACCGAAAGUAUUGUAACAGUCACCUUCAGGUAAUGGGUGUCCUCCCCAAGAAGGAGCGAAAGAAGAAACAAGACACAAUAGAGUCUUUAGCCUUCAACAUUACUGUUCCAUCCCUGGCUCUGAAGACCCACAACGGGCUUGAGCUUUUACCUCCAUCCCCACCACCCUCCCUGGCUUGUCUUCUCCCCUCAGAUCCCUUCGCCUUUUGCAGGGGGGAAAAAAUGUUCAAAUCAAGUGGCACAUUCCUAAAGAAGCGCCAAGAAACCCAAGCUCCGAACCAUAAGCAGAAACCGCAAGAUUGCAUUGUGGAUGCAGCCUUCCCAAACCAUCUCAAAACCUCUUCUCUGUCUUUAACUCUUCCACGUCCUUGCCUCCCUCCUCGCCAGACUGGAAGAACUCCACAAACACCCAAAGUUCCCUCCUCCCCUUGUGCAGAAAUCUCACAAUCCCCUGCAGUUUGUUCAGGUUCAUUAUUCAAAACCUCAUCAACUCUUCAGGACAGCCGUCAGGGUUCAAUAGAAACGGCUCCAGCUGACAACAAGAUUAAACUGGACUUUAAUCAUGCAUUUGACAAAAAGGUUGUCCCUGCAGCUUCAGGGACAGCACCAAGCCGUGAUGACAUACAUAUAUGUUUAAUAAAAAUGCACUCAGUUGCCAUGCAACAACAAGCUCCAUGUUUGCAGAAGUUUCAUAGAUUGAUUGACCAACAUAGGGGAAGGAACCAAGACCUAAACCCACAUUUAGGGCUUGACUGGUCAGAAGACAGUGAAGAGGAAGAUGUAGACAUGGGGAAACUUAUGUCAUAUCAGUGCAAGAGACUACAAGAGAAGCACUUUGAGGAAAGUGCCAGCAGGUCCCGCACUGAGCGUUUGGCAGGCUUCUGCUCAUACCUGAGACAAAAACACACGCACCUUUGCAGAGAGCAGAGGGGCUUCAUGAGGGAGAGGAGAUCCCAGCAUGCCCUGCGUAAAGCCCUGCUGCAGGCAGCAAGAGAGGAACCUCACCAAACUGCACAGCUUUUUCAGGAACAAUAUAAAAAGACCUCCACAACCUCCAGCACUACAGUACCAUUGGCUGGAGAUGACUCAGGGUUGUGUUCGGCUGUCGUGAAAGGUGAAGAUUGCAGAAAUUCAGCCUUACCGUUCACCAGGCACUGCUUUCAGCAUAUCCUUCAGAACCGUUCUCAGCAGCUGUUCUCAAGCUGCACUGCUCGCUUUGCAGAUGGAGCUCAGUGUUCCAUCCCUGUCUUUGACAUCACGCACCAGACGCCACUUUGUGACGAGCAUGCCAAGAAAAUGGACAAUUUCCUUCGAGGUGAUAUCAGCCGGAGAACGUACCACCACCACCAGCAGAUUCAGCGGCACAGACCACUGAAGAAAGCCAAGCCUCCAGCACUUACUAAGAAGCAUAAGAAGAAAGGAAAAAGAGGAGCACCAAGACGACCUCAGAAACCCAUUCCUCCUGCGCAGCCUCAGGGUAACCUGGGAAUGCCUUCCAUCUUGUGCCUGCCCACUCAGCCCUCUGGCAUAAGGAGCCCUUUAACUCCUGAUUUAAGUGCAGAUGAAUUUCCAGAUGACAUCACCAAUGAGAUCAGCGACAUUCCACAUGACCUGGAGUUGAAUCAGGAGGAUUUCUCAGAUGUUCUUCCUCGACUCCCUGAUGACCUGCAGGACUUUGAUCUUUUUGAAGGCAAGAAUAGUGAGCUGUUGCCCACCUCCGAGGAAGCCGAAGAAUUGGUUCGCGUUCUGCAGGCCAUGGGCUCAUACCCAGAAUCCCUUGCAUGUCUAAGCGGAAUGGCUGAGCUUGGUCCCGUAGAAGCUGUAGAUUGUCGAAGCAUGCCUGGGGGAGUCGUGGAUCUACUGAGUGGACGGCUAUCUGCUGAGGCUCUCUCCAGCCUGGAGCUGGACCCAAAUCUGCUCCCCACCUCCGAAGAUGCUUUUCCCCCAUCACCUCCAUCACCACAACCCCCUCUCACUCCUCCAUCCUCUGUGGGGCAUCUCCCAGACAGCGCAUACUCACAUCUACUAGCAAAGAUGCAUAACUCCAAAGCAGAUCUGAGUGAACUGGCACUUGGUAAGGAUGAGGACAUCUCUCACGGCUCCUGGGGCGUUCUCGCCCUCCCCCUCAAUGAUUCCUCACAGUUUCACAGCAUUAUUGCCUCGGAUGGCCUGCUGAUGUCUACAGCCCUCUCAACGCCAAUGACCCCCUUGCCCUCGGCCCCCUGUCAGCCCAGUUCGGCCCUCUCCACUUUGCCUCAGACUGUGCCCAUCACUUGCUCCACACCCGCAUCCUCACCCUCGUCACCAACAUCCCAAACCAAGCACCUUCUACCCCCACUCUUUAACCACUGUGGGAUUCCAGCAGACUUGCAGCCGCACCACAGUACACCGGCGCCACCUAUGGACCAGGCCUGAACUGCAGGCAGAACCAAUUUGCUACAGUCACAGUUUUCAGGGCACAUGUUGCAGAUGAUUUCCCAUAACACCCCCCCCCCCCCCCACCAGGAAAGAACAUCAAGCAAUAAAUUUCCUUGUCGGCUUAAAAUAGUUGCUCUUUUCGAAAAGCAGACAUAGAUGGAUUUUAGCCAUUAAAAUCACUUGUAUCCUUAAAUGCAUAUUUAAUAUAUUUAUAGAGUAGCAGACUGCACAAUUAGUUUUACUGAGUGAAAACGUUUGGUAACUGGUGAAAAUGUGGUUCUUGUUUAGAGGUAAUGGGUAAGUUUGUCAGUGGCAAACACAAGGGGAAAGGUGUCAUGGUUGUAUCACUAUUUUGUGUCCCGUGUGUUGAUUAAAAAGCAUAUUGUUUUGGCAGAUGGUGUUUAUGUGCUUUUAGUAGCCGUUAAACUAUAGGGUCUUGCUCUGAGUGUAAGUGCCUGCCAUAAAAGCUGUGUAACACCUUUAUAAUCAGUCUGUUGCAAAUCAACAAAAUGCACAUUUGUCACUGGGUAAAAACGUUUUAAACAAGUGACAUUUAUUCUCUGUUUUUGACAAGUAAUUACCUUCUUCUCACAUUACCAUAAAGUUACUUGAGGGUGUUAAACUUCGAUUCUGAGUGUUCGAUGUGCUCCUGUGUAAGGCCUUUAGCUGAAGUGAUAGCAGUUGUGGGAAAUAAAUUGUAUAAAGCUAUAAUCCGUUAUCUCAUUAUGGCUUUUAAAAAGAGUAAUUAUGAUACCUUUACCCCCAUGUCAUGCCAAGUUGACGUGCAUUUUCCCAUUUAACUUCUUAUUAGAUGCUUUCUUACUAAAGUGGCUUACAAGAAAGCCUCUUUUUAUGUCCACGUCAGAAAAUAUCUAUAUAUCAGUAUACUGACCAAUAUAAUGAAAUAGUUUUUUGGGCAGUUAAGCUUUUAAAGACAACAGUGAUGUUUAACCUUAAUUCGAUAUCUUUAUAAAACGCAUAAUGAUAUAAAACUGUGGUUUGGUAGACUUGCCGUUGUACCAGAUUAUGCUGCUUUUACCAACAACAGGCAUACUGACAGAUAUCCUUGCACACCAAUGGUCGUCUCAUAUACUUUUUAUACUUAUUCACUGAAUGUAUCAAGUCAACAAAAAAAGUUUAAUUAUAACCUAUUAAAAUGUUAUGGUCCUCUUCUUUGUUCAAGGUAUUUUUAUGUAUUGACAUGUUUACUUUUGUUACUUAAGUGCUUGGAUGUGGGCGUGCGUGUAGACAAUGUGUAAGAGAAAUUCUAUUUGUUUUAUUUGAAAUAUGUGAAUUAAAACUGCUAUGACCACAA